AAAUGGCGGCUUCUAAGGAGAAAGAUGGUCGGCCGGGGAAACCUGGGGGGAAGGAAUCGCAGCCUUUGAUAAUAGCCAAAACCCCAGCUGAGGAGCAGAGGUUAAAGUUGGAGAGGUUGAUGCGAAACCCCGACAAACUUGCGCCCAUUCCCGACCGACCGAAAGAAUGGAACCCCCGUGCGCCACCGGAGUUUGUGCGGGAUGUAAUGGGAUCCAGCGCCGGGGCUGGCAGUGGAGAGUUUCAUGUGUACAGGCACCUACGCCGUCGAGAGUACCAGAGACAGGAUUUUCUCGACCGAAUGACUGAAAAGCAAAAGUUGGACGUGGAAUAUCAGGAGAAGCUGAAGGAAAACCAAAAGGCAGCAGAUGAGAGGACUGCUAAACGCAGGAAGAAAAGGGAGAAGCUGAAACAGAAGAAGAUGAUGGCCAAGAAAGCCAAAGAGGAAAAGAAGACGGAUGAAGCUUCUGACGAGGCCACCUCCAGCAGUGACGAUGAACAACAGCAAGAGCAGGAAGCCGAGGAUGAUGCUGAAGUUCCCAGCUUUGUCAUGGGAAAGAGGUGACAUCCCUGUCCCUUGGCUAGAGCUAAGCAGAAGGAGGGGGCUCAGAUACGGCGACCACAAGGAGUCAGAGAACGUUUCACACCUGUGGGGGACAUAAAUGACAUGAACUGGCAUGAUUUCCCAGUGGGUUCUACAAAACAAGGAGAGGUCAUUGGCCUUGUUGCCUUCUGUGAUGGGAAUGAGAGGGACCGCUCUGCUGAAAUAUUUCUACUAUCCUGUCGGCCCCUUGGGGUAGUGCCUCCUAAGUCUGAACAUUUAAUGGACUGCAAGAAAAUCAGUGUCCUUAAUACAUAAUUUUGCUGUUUCUUUUGGGUUGUGAAUUUGUGCUACAGUACUGUGUUGUGUUGUCUGGAUUCUGUUUUUUUUUUUCUAUUUUGUUAAAUGAAUGCCUGCCAGAUACAAAUACCGUAACUAUUGUUAUUGUCAUUUUGAAUGUAUAUAUUUUAAUAAAGAUGCCCAGUAUUUGAGUUGAAAA